AUGGCUCAUCAAGGCGGUGUGAAAUAAUAUGAUUCGAAAAGAGACAAGUACUUGAAGGAUUACUAUCAAAAUGUGCUCAAAAAGCAGAAGGACAAAGGAACUUCAAGAUUUCAUACGGAGAGCAAUCGACAGCCAAACAACUCUUCAGUUUUAUCAUUAAAUUAAAGCAUACAACUGCAUCAACGACCAAGUAUGAGACAAAAUCAACUUAAUCGAGUUUACACUCAAAAUCAAUAUCCUGACAAAUCAAUGUCUCCACAUAUGCACACCAGAUUAUAGAAUACACCCAAAAAUAAGAGAGAAGGUGGUGUUUCGUUACCAAAAUUAGAUUCCACUAACAGCAACCUCUAAAAGCCAGUCACCAGAGAGCAAUUAUUACAAUUCCUCGACUAAAUAAUGUUCGCUGUUGAAAAUGUAUAAUACAUUGUAUCAUAAUAUGAAAAUCCUCCUAGCGAAAUUUACCAAUCAUAGCCAGUCAGACAAAUGGCAAAAUUUAAAAUUACACAAGAAUAAUAAACUGAUCACUCAUAUAUUCAAUCUUAAUUAAAAAGCAAGCAACAAUAUGUCAAUAAAGUCAAUAAAAAAACCCAAACCCCUAAUAAAUAGAUGAGAGCAAAUUCUCAAAUAGUAGAAUAACAUUACAUUAAUAAAAAAACAACCAAAAUUAAAACUGAGUUUACAGAAGAAAGUGAUGGCACUGAAAAAAGACCAACAAGAUUUCCUAAUAUUGUUUAGUCCUCUCAAAAAUAAAAGCUUGAUAAAAUACUGCCUUAAAAUAGAAAAAACAGAGUACAAUCCCAAGUAAUAUCAUUUUGCUAUGGCAAUCAAAAGGAAGACGAAUUAAUCUAAAAAGAAAAUACCAAUAAAUAAAUUAGUAGUAAUUAAACACAACAAAACAGUGAUUAAUCCAAUAUUAUUUAUGAAUCCUCUUAAUAAAAUCAAACACAAAACCAUACAGACCUCAAAAAUAAACGUCAUGUCACUCCUUAAAAUAAUAAGUAAUAAACAUAUUUAGUGGAAACUCAAAAAAAAUAAUAGAGAUCACCAACUAAUAGUGCACAUUAAUUAUAAAAGACAAAUCAAAAUGCGAUGAUUAUAUAACAUUAAAAUAAACAAGAAGGAAAUUAAUCUAUAUAAUAGAUAAGUUCAAAUCGAUAUUCAUUAAGUGAUUUCGAAGAUGGCGAUCCAGAAAUCUUAUUAAGCAAAAGCUCUUUUUAGGAUUAAUAAAUGAGUUAGAAAAAGUAAGUCAAUGCAUAGAAAACUCCAAAAGUAAAAAAAAGACCAAUUUAAAUUAAAAAUACAAAUUAAAAUGAUAUUAAUAAUCAUGAUCAACCUAAGUAAUUUGAUCAAAAAACUAUAGAAAUGAGGUAAAAUAACAAUGAGUAAUCUAGUAAACCAUAAUAGUUAUAAGCUAAUUCAAAUCAAGGGGAUUAUGAAUUUUCAAAUGAAUUUUUGUCAGAAUAAACGAAAUAAUUGACCAAAAAUAGUUCAAAUACGUAAAAUAAAUAAUAGAUAAAUAAAUUAUCAUAAAAACAAAAUUCAUCAAAGAAUAUUCUCUAAAUUAAUCCAAAUCCUGAAUUUUAUCCAGAUAAUGCAUAAAAAUAGGAAAAAUAACAUAAUAAUAAAUAAAACGAAGGUCCUCAAUAAAAUCCAAAAGAAGAGGAUAAAAUAAAUAAAUAAAAUUAAAAUAAGAAUUCAAAAGAAAAAAUCUAAGCACUUCCAUAAAAUUAACAUUAAAAUCAAAAUGAAGAAGAUAAAAAACAGUAAUAAAAUCAACAAUAAAACUAGGAUAAAAAAGAUUAAGUGCAUCAGGAAGAUAAGUUAAAUCAUUAAAAUUAGAAAUUAGAAUCUUAAGCCAAAUAGAUUGAUCAUUAAGAUUAAUAAGAAGAAGGUAAAAUGAAUCAAUAAAAAGACAACACGAAUAUUGAGAUACCUAAGGAAGAAAGUUCUCAUAAAUAACCAGAUAUUAAGUAGACUGAUGAAAAAUUGGAAAAUUCACAAAUUUCUUAAAAAUCUUAAAAAAAUUAAUAAUAAAUAAAAAUCUAAUAGGAUAAGUAGUAAUUAAAUCAAUCAAAUUUAAGUUAAAGUAAGGAUUAAUAAAACUCAAAAAAUUUAGCUUCUUAGAAAUAGAAUUUAAAUAAAAGCCUUGAUGAAUAAUCUGAAGUUAUUUCAAUUGUGAAGAGUAUUUAUGUUAAACCUCAUGAUUUGGUAAAAUAAUAAAGUGAUCAUUAAUCUGUGGAUUAAUUAGCUUAAAACGAAGAAAUAAAUGAUUAAUAAAAGUAAUCAAAUAAAUCGUAAAAUGAAAAAUUAGGAAAUAAUUAGGAAGAGCAAUUUAAAGAUAAAUUAUCUAAUCAACAAUUAAAUCUAAAAUCUAAUGAAGAUCUUGGAAAAUCAUAAUUAAUUCAUGAAAUUUAAUCUGACAAUAAAGUUGAGAAAAAAGAUAACUUGGCUAAGACAUAAUUCUAAGACAAUUAAUCAAAUUAAAUAAAACUUACUUAAACAGGAUUCAAGUUUUAACCAAAGAGUUUGUAAUAAAGCGGAGCCUAUUAAAUUAUAUUUGAUAAAGAUAAAUAUAAAAAUAAAGAAAAAGAAAAAAGUUAAAUUAAUGAUGAUGAUAAGUAAAAUUAACAUCAAUAAAUAUCUGAUUAAAAUAUAACAAAAAAUAAAAAAUACCAAACCCAAAAAUCACUAUAAAUAAUUGGAAGUAAUUAGGAAGAUAGCAAUUAGAAUAAGAAUAUCAAAAGUUAAAACUUAAAUGAUAAUCAAAAAUUUGAUGAAGAAUUUCUGCAAUUAUUAAAUAAAAAUAAAAAGAAUGAAUAAAAUAAUUAGAUCACAAAUUAAAUGGCCUCUUCUUAAAAUAACAGCAAACAAUAAAGUAAUGAAAAGCUCUAGAAAUAAGAAGUUACAGAAGUUGAACCAUCUUAGAAUCAUAAUUUAAACUAAUAAGAAUAAAAAGAUAUUGCUUUGACCAAAUAAAGAUCUCAACAUAGUGAUAAUAAUGAUUCUUUAAGACAAAGUCAAUUGAAUAAUAAGGAAUUAGAAGAUUUAAAUAAAGGUGAUGGAAAUGAGUAAAAUAAAAUACCAGAUGAAGGCCUGAAAUAAUCAAGAAAUCCAGAUGAAGGUUAAAAGGAAUAAAAAAUUCAGGAGAACAAUAAUUCUUAGAUUCAGGAUUUUUAAGUAGAAAAGAUGUUAAAACAGAAUCCCUAAGAAAUUGAUAAAAAUUGA